AAUCAAGUGAUAACCUUCUUGUAAAUAAAGGACUUAUCAACUGAUAAUUAUUAGGUCCAAUAUUAUAUAAAGCUAAAUUAGCUUACUCUCAAAAUAUUCAUUUGUUGUGAAAAUGCCAGCCAUGAGGAAAUUCGUCUUUGUUGCUUUAGCAUUGUUUGUAGCAAUUAAUAGUGUCCAAUGUGACGACAGCAGUGAGGAAGUCUUGGAACACAUCAAGUCAAGACAUCUUAAAAAAUAUUUGCACGGACAUCGUGAACACUUGGACGAUGGUUUGGAAAAGUUGGAAAAACAAUGUCCUGGAGUUUCGGAAAAAUUAAAACGGGCUAUUGCAGAAUUUUCCGAAUGUGAUGAUAAAGUCGAUGACUCUUUGACGAUGUGUGAAGCCAUUCAUGCUUACACCAUCAACUGCACCGCCCCUUUGCUCAAAGUAGUCAACGACUGCUUGCCCGAAAAUGCCAAAGGUUUGCCCAAUUUAGGUGUGAAAAGUCUUGUUUCAGUCGCUGAGCAUUUGUGCAAACAAAGCGGAGAAUCGAUUUUUGAAUUGGCCAACCCAUGCUUGUGGGAAGAUUUGGAGACAUCCAAUGCUGAAAUGGACGCUUGUGAGGACAAAGUCAAAGCUCUCGGGCAAAAAUACAAAGAGCAUAUUCCAACACAAAGUGAGCUUUGUAGUUCUGUCACCGAUUUAAGGACUUGUAUCCAGAAACGUGCCACACUUUCUUGCAAAAACCAGAAGACGAGGAAUUCUAUUCUUGGAGUUUUCGACGCUAUUGUUGCUCCUUGCUCUCAUCUUAAUUCUGUUUAAAACCAGGAAAUAAUAGAUAUUGUGUAAAUAAAUGUGUUUGUAUUUGA